CAGAAAGUGUUUUUGUACCACGAUGAACUGGUCACAGCUUAUUGUAUUUGAUUGAUGGUUCAUUGUGUUGUGUAGGCCUCGACUGUACCAUUCGCUCCCGUAAACACGACCAUUACAUCAGAGCAGAUCCCGGAGCCGAUGAACGGAAACCGGACAUCAUUGUAGCGGGCGAGAGAUGCUCUGAAGCGCUUCCAUCACAAGCGCUUUAACCCCGACGCGUCUCUCGCCAUGGAGGACUGGAGCGAGUGCUUGGAUGUGGCCGUGCAGAUCGCCCAGAGAGCGGGACAGGUGGUCCAGGCGGCGGUGAAGCAGGAGAAGCGUGUGAGUAGCAAGAGCACACCUACAGACCUGGUGACAGAGGCUGACCAACAGGUAGAGGAGCUCAUCAUCUCCACGCUCAGACAGAAAUACCCCUCACACAGGUUUAUCGGUGAGGAGUCCUCUGCUGCUGGGGUGAAGUGUGAACUGACAGACAGCCCCACUUGGAUAAUAGACCCAAUAGAUGGCACGUGUAAUUUUGUGCACAGUUUCCCCAUGGUGGCAGUAAGUAUCGGAUUUGCAGUAAGGAAAGAGCUUGAGUUUGGGGUCAUAUUCCACUGCUUUGAUGGGACGCUGUACACGGCACGCAAAGGACAUGGAGCGUUUUGCAAUGGUGUGCGACUACAUGUUUCAAAAGAAAAAGAUGUGUCCAAGGCACUGAUUUUGACAGAAAUCGGUGCAAAGAGAGAUCCCACGACACUGGAUAUCUUUUUAGGAAAUAUGAAGAAAUUGUUGAGCGCACCGACUCACGGUGUGAGGAUCAUUGGGAGCUCAACACUGGCACUGUGUCAUAUAGCCAGUGGGGCGGCAGAGGGCUAUUACCAGUACGGCCUGCACUGCUGGGACAUCGCAGCGGCUGCAGUCAUCAUCAGGGAGGCAGGAGGCUGUGUUAUUGACACCACAGGUGGUCCGCUAGACCUCAUGUCCAGACGUGUGGUGGCUGCUGGCACCCGUGAGAUAGCAGACUAUGUGGUAAAACAGCUGCAGCCUAUAAACUAUGCCCGUGAUGACGUCGACCCAAGCACCCAGGCCUGAGUGACAGCGUGACCUCCGACCCCAUCCUAAGUCUUUUACCUCAGAAUGCACAGUCCUGCCACAUCUGCAGUGUCCAUUCAAUGCAAUGUUUCAUACGUUUUUAUGAUUUAAUAUUUAAAUUGUUUGUAUGCAUUCAUACUGGUCACAUCACGCAUAUGUUUCAGUUCAACUAUAUUUCUUUUUUUAUUAGCUUUUCAUUAAACACUUAAUGUACAGUUCAUGAUCUGAGUUUCAGAUGCCUUCAAAUUGCAGAUGAUGCCAAAUUCAACCAUUAUCCAUCAUAUCAGAAGCUAUUAUAAUUUCUCAAUACAUCAAAUAAAAUUGUUUUUCUUAUAAUGAAUGAUCUAACAGAUAACAGUUGACCAAAACACAGAAAUCUGAAUUUUAGUUUCCACAGUUUUUGUAUUUUUUUCUGCCUGUGUUAAUCUCAGUGAAAUUCACUUACUCCCUGUGUGUACAGUAUGAGGGUAACAAUCCUACUGUAUUACAAUUUUAAAGCAUACACAUUAAAAUGAAUGUUGUCCAGUCAUUAUUCUUCACCAUAUUCAGUUAUUUUAUGAUUGCCUUUGAAACAGAAACAUUUUUGGUUUUUGGAAGUACAAUGCAAGAAGUAAAUGCCUCCUUGUUUAAUAACACAUUCUGUGCUUUUCAUGUUUGAAUAAUGAAUGCAUCAGGACACAGUUCAUAACCCAACACUUGUAAGACCGUUGUCUCAAUAUGCUCACAUUAGAAGAAUUAAAAUACAAACGUCUUGAUUUAUUGAGUAAAUUGUGUUUGUUAAAUCAGGUGAAAAUAAAAUGUGACAUUCUGUA